AUGAGUGCUCCCCCAGCCGGCGCGCCUCCCACUGGCGUUACUCCCAAUGGGACACAACCACCCAAGAAAAUCAUCCGCAAAAAGGCCAAUGCCGAUCCCCUCGUGGCCAGAAAGAAAACCCUUCCGAAACCCCCAAUGGCACGUCGACCUGCCGACUGGGAGGCCAGAUCUCGCGCUUCGGAAAACGCCGGCCAGAACAGGUCUCUCCGCCAGCUCGAAGUCAAGGCCAUGGACCACAAGAGGAAGAGGUCCAUGAACCCGGGGAAAUGGAGCGAACAGGCACAGGGUUAUGUCGAGGAGUUCCCCUUGAUCACAACGAAAAAGCAGCUCAUGGAGUUGCGAUUUCACGUCAUGCAGCUCAACAACAAGCACGGCAACCUGGACGUAACCGACCAGGACCAGUUUCCCCGCCCGGUCACUUUGCAACGCCGGGACCCCCGUCUGCCGCCUGCCCACCGCAUGGCGCUCAAGGAAGAGAUGGAGGAUGUGCCCAUGGACGAUGCAGAGGCUGAGCGUAUUCGCCAGGAAAAGGAGGCCAAGGAAGCCCAACGUGCACUUGAUCAAGCCAAGAUCGCUCCCGUCAUGAAGCCGAAUGAGCCAAACAAGCCGCAGAAGAAGGACAAGAGCAUGAAGACCCACGUUUUCCACGGAAAGCACUCCGAGGAACACAAGAAAGCAUUGGAUCUGCGAUACCAGGAAACACUCCCAUGGCACCUCGAAGAUGCCGAGGGCAAGUCGGGCGUCUGGGUCGGACACUACGUCGCCGGUCUGUCAGAAGUCAACUGUGCUCUCGUCCAGACCCAAGACCAGAAAUUCCAAAUGAUUCCCCUGACCCGUUGGUAUGCCUUCCACGAGAAGCCAAAGUUCAACGUUUUGUCCCUGGACGACGCCGAGAACAUGAUGAAGCAGAACAAGGACGUCAAGCGCUGGGUCAUGCGCGACAGGGAGAGGGAGCUGACUCAAAAGGAGAAGGCCGAUACCAGGAUGUUCCUUGGUGGGCGUGCGCGUGUCAAGACGGAGAGCUACACAUCGAGGGCUGCUCCCAAAUCCGAGAGACGGGACGAUUACGAGCUCGACAUGUCGGGCGACGAGUUCCAGGACGACGAUGAGACCCCCGGUUUCGAGGCAGAGGAUGAGGAUGCCAAGGAGGCCAAGGAGCGUGUUCGUCGCGAGCAAGCUGCGGCUAACUUGUUCGGUGAGGGUGAUCAGAGCAAGGUCGACGAGGAAGAGAGGGAGCGCGAGUUGGAGAAGCGCAGGCUGAAGAAAACCGGCAAGGAAGUCGUCAAGCGUUUGGUCAAGUUGGAGCAUGCCAUGGACUACGAUGCAGGCUCAGACUCCGAGAGGGAGUCGGACAACCCCUUUGCCGAUUCAGAGGAAUCUGAAGAUGAGCACGAGGAGAAGAAGGAAGGGGAGGAGAUCAAGGAAGAAGAUAAGAAGGAUGGCGCUUCGGGCACCAACAGCAAGGGUACCGCGACGCCGACGGGCAAGCAAAAGGCCCCCGAUUCUGCAAAGAAGAACAAGUUGAAGCGUGCUGGGUCGCCCAACCUGUCGGAAUCUAGUGAAGCCGAAUCGAACCGGAAGAAGGCCAAGCUCGCCGCCAACAAGGGCACGACGUCCAUGGGCCAGAGCCGGUCGAAUACUCCCCUGCCUGGACGUCCCAAGGGCGCCACCAGUGAUGGCGAGAUGUCUGACGGUGGCGCGAAGAGCAGCAGGCCCCAGAUCAAGCAGACGACGCUUGGUGGUAUGGUGCCCAAUUCCAGGCCCGGUAGCCCUCCUCAGCCAGGUAAGAGACGCCGUUAUCCGUUGCUGAUUGCAUUUCCCUCCCCUCGCUCCCCCAGCGGCUCCCCGCCACCCACCUCGGGCGGCGCCGCCCCGCCCAACGACUUCAUCAAGCCCGAGGAGGUCAUGGCCGCCAUCGACCAGUACCCCAACGGCGUCGCUCUGGCCGUGCUCAUGAAGCCCUUCAGCCACCGCAUCGACGCGACGCCCAACCGCUCCAAGCCCCACCUGUCCACCAAGGCGGAGUGGCUUGGUAUGGUCAAGCGCUUUGGUUACUUGGGUCCCGACAAGCUCAUCAGGCGCAAGACGGGACCCGCUCAAGGUGGAGGAGGAAGUGGUGCUGCUAGCCCUCAGUCGUAG